ACAAAGACACGUCCCUCAGAGACGGUCUGCUGGUCUUCUUCUUCCUCGUCCUCCCUCUGCUCGCUCUGGGUGCGUUUGUUUUCCUGCGCAGGAACGAGCUGCUGCGGCGGGUCGGGCUGAGCCGCAGGAAGAGGUCGCAGGGAUACCAGGCUGACGGCGCAGCUUCAGCCAAUCCCAGCAGAGGACCGCCUCCGAGAGCGCAGCCUCCGUCGGUUCCCCGCGGCAACGCCAACAACAUCGUCAGAGACGGGCACCACGCUCAGCUACUGCCACCACAGGAGGUGGUGGAGACCAAUAGGACCGCUCCGUCCUACGCGCUGAGGCCGCCUCCUCCUCCGCUAAAACCGAAACCUUCUGCUGCAGCUCAGCCUCUGGUGCCUCAAAGACCCGCCCCCGCUCCACCUGUUUAACCAAUCAGGGGCCCCAACCACGACACCUAGAUGACACCCCUCCCUCCUCUCCUCCUCCUUCUCCUCCUCUUCAACCCUCUCAAAGCCAGGAAAGGAUUCUGGAGCCAGACCGGUCCACAGCCGGCCCUGGAUCACGAACUGGACCGCUGCACCAGGAAACUGGACCCAGUCAGCCCGGACCGAGAAUUUCCCAGAAGCAACAGGAACGCAGCGGGGCCUAACUGAAGCAGCUUCUCUGCGGUCUGUCUGUACUGGCGUCUGUAGCGUUCAGUCUGGAGACAAAUCUCAGCUCCUUCAGGUGAUUCGUUU